AUGGCGCCCGCCUCCGCCACCCCCCUGCGCUUUCAGCGGCUGCAUCACGCGCUCAAGGGCGACGUCGGGGUCGACGAGGUUGAGACGCUGCUCGACACGCUCCACGGCGACUUGCUGCGCACGCUCGAGCGCUCGCCGUCGGCGCACACGCCUGGAGGUGUUCCGCAGCCGCCCGCCUUCCCGGCGCCAUCGAGCGCGCCUUCGCCGUCGACGUCCGCAUAUGAGCGCGCGGCGGCGGAGCUGUUGCUCCUGGGCACCGACGCCACCGCGCAGCUCCUCGUCGACUUUGAGCGCGAGUCACACAACGCGGCGCAGGCCCUCCGCCGCGCGGCCGACGACCCCGCCGCCGCCUCCGACCCUCUCGCCCUGCUGCCAGCCGAGCUGCGGCUACUGGAGCACCUGCACGAGCAGCGGUGCCUGCUGCUGCGGUGCGUGCAGCAGCUGCUGGCGAUCGCCUUCGUCGACAGCGCCUCCCCGCUCCACCGCGUCGCCUCCGGCCGCGUCUCCCUCCUCUGCGGCGAAGGCCUCCCGUCGCGCCUCUGCACGCUCGCCGCCGCAGGCGCCUUCCCAGGCGGAGAGGCGUCGGCCGCGUCCCGCCUGCCGCGCCGGCUGCGCGGGGAGGGCAAGGAGGGCGGCGAGGGCGACAAGGAGCGACUGCGGGUGGCGCGGCUCGAGUGCGAGCUGCUCGAGCUGCUCUGCCUCGUCCAGGCGGCGCCGCUGCUGCAGCUGCAGGCGCGGCUGACGCUUGCGCCCGCCGAGGACGCGUCGCUCCUCGAGCAGCAGCUCGGCGUCGUCGCCUCCGAGGCGGCUCGCGCCGGGCCGACUCCGCCCGCCGCCGCCGACGCCGAGGAUGCCGAGGCUUGCGGCGGCCGGCCGGCGGCGAGCAGCGGCGAGCUCUGGAGCGAGGUCCUUCCUCCGCCCGCCGAGCUCGUGGCGUGGCUCGAGGCGAGCGCACAGUGCCCGCCGCUGCGGCUCGGCGCGCUGCGCCUCCUCGUCUCGGUCGCUCCGCUCGCGCCCACGGCCGUGCGCGCCGAGCUGCGCCGCUGCAACGUGCUUCGCGCCGAGGCUUCGCCGUGGGUGCCCCUGCCCCUCGACGCGUCCUCCUCCCUCCUGGUGCGCCUCGUCUCGGAGGUCUCGCUGCCAGGCGCCAGCGAGGCGCUCGCCCCUCCUCCCGCCGCGGCAGUGCCGCCGCUCAGGUUUGUCCUCGAGCGGAUCCUCCCCGCCGCACGCGCCGACGCGUCGUUGCCCUCGCUGCGGCUGCGGUUGCGGCUCGCCAGAUUCCUCUGCGGGAGCGGUUCCGUCCUCGAGCUCGUCCUCGAUACGCUGCGCAGUGCGACGGGCGAGUGGGAGCGCCAGCGCCAGCGGCGCGGCCUCACAGCUGCUGCAGCGCACUCUUCGGCGGCGGACUUGGAGGCGGUGCGCGCCGAGCUCUGCCCAGCCGUGCUCGGGUUGCUGCUGCGGCUCCUUUGCGCAGCGCACGUGGUGCCGGGCACCGCUGGCCCGUUCCACGCCGCACUGCUCCGGACGGCGGAGCCGGCUGGCGGCGGCGUUCCGGCCGCUGGCACGCCGAGCCAGAAGGGCGGGGCGGGGCGUGGCGGCGAGGCGCCCCAAGGGCUUUUGCGGUGGCUCGCGCUCUGCCUCAUGCUCGAGCCCGAGGGCGCCGCAGAGACGGAGGGCGACCAAGGCGACGGAGCCGCCGACGACCGAGGAGGGUUGCCAAUGGGUGUGCUUGCCGCGCGCUGCCUGGCGCUGUUGUGCCACGCUGCGUCCCGCGACCGGCUCGCCGCGCGCGCCGCAUCGCAGCUGCUCGACCUCGCCCCGGCGAUCUCGACCCGGCUGUGCGCGUGGCUUGCCCGCGCGCAGGAGGCUGCCGAGGGAGGCGGCACCACCGCCGACGGCACGCCCCUCGCAGCGGUCGCGGGCCACGCGGCGGCGGCGGCGGAGCUGCUGGGUGCUUCGGCCCAGGCGCAGCCGGAGCUGUUUGCGGCGCUCUGCCGCGGCCCCUUCCGCGCGGGCGAGACGGUGCGCGUGGGCUGCCACGUGGCGGUGCCCGACGGCGGUUGGGGCCUCGCGCGCCCCGGCGACACAGCGACGGUCAUCGAGUACGCGCGCGGCGGAGGUGUGACGCUCAACUUUAGCUCGCACGAGGCGUGGUACUGCGGCCGCCCCGAGCAGCUCGAGCUGUGCGCGCCGGCGCCGAGCACCAUGUCGAGCGCAUGGGUCGUGUGGGCAGACCUCAAGGACGAGAUCAAGUCUGUCUCCGACAAGAAGAAUGCUGGGAAGAAGAAGGCGGCCGACGGCUCCGCCGCGCAGGACGCGUCGGCCGCACGCGCCGCAGCGCCGGCGGGCCCGCUUGCUCUCCUGCGGGAGGUUCUCGAGGCGCCGGGCGGUGCGGGUGCCUCCGGCGAGGCGCCUCCAAGCCUCGCGCUGCUCCGGCUGCAGCUGCUGGCGCUCGGCGUGCUGCGCGUGGUGUGGGAGAGGCCGGCGGUGCUCGCGGCGCACAGCCGGCAGCUGCGCGCGGGCGACGCAUUCUGGGCCUGCUUGGCGAGCCUCGUCAAGGCGGCGCCGCCGCCCGACGGCACGGAGGAGGACAGUCCCGACGCCACCGCCGCGGGCCUUUUGUGGCUACGCUCGGCGCUCGCCCUCUCGCUUGUCAGCCAGGAGCUGCUGCGGAGCCCUCCGCCGCAGCCGACGCAGGGCGGAGCUCAGCCGCUGCUCGUCGACUGCGGGCGCCUUCCGGACAGCGCCGGCCGCACGCUCUUCCGGCUGGGCCUCUCCCUGCCCGACGACUUGCCCGGGCUGCUGCCGCUUUGGGCAGGGGGCGAUGAGCUGCCGCUGCUGCCGCGGCUGCGAUUUGCCGACGUCGAGGCGUUGCAGGUGCGGGUGUGGCGGCUCCAUGAGCGCGUCGCGCAACGACGCGGCGCCGCACGCGCCGGCGGCGGAAUGGACGGCCGGAUCGCCGAGGAGGAGCUGCUCGCGCUGCGGGAGGCGGAGGGGAGGCUCCACGAGGACCUCGGCGCGGGGAUGUUGCUGCAGCUCGAGCGGAUGUCUGCCGGCAGGCCACCGCUCUCGCAGCGCGCCGUGCACAGUGGGCAGGCUGGACUGACCGCCGAUGCGGCGGCCGCGCACCGGCGUUUGCUCGCCGCGGCUGCCGCCUCAAACGUCGCGAUGUUGCGCCGCGAGUCGCACCGCGCGCUCGUGCGCCAGUGGAGGCUGGUGCUCGCGCUGCUGCAGCAGCCCGCGCGUUUGCCUCCUCGCUCCGCCAGCGCCACUCUCGACAAGGCGACCGCGCCCAGCUGGCUGUCGGUGCCCACCGACGCGGCGCCGCUCGACGGUCAGCUGACGAAGCGCACCGCGCAGCUCGGCCGACAGCAGCACGGCUGGGCAGACGAGUGCGACGGCGCCAUGCUCCUCCUCCGCCACGCGCGGCUGCUGCGCGCCGUGGCGAUGGCGCUCGAGCAGCAGGUGGUCGCCCUCCGCGGAGGCGCAGCGUUCCUCUGGGAGGCGGCAGACCUGAUGCCGCUACCUCGCAGUAUGGACGAAGCAGCGGCGGCCACCGGCGCCGGCGGGGCGGGAGCCGUCGCCAAGCUGGUCGAUCACUUGUGCAGGAAGAUGGAAGAGGUCGAGCGCACGCCCGGCGCUGUGCAGGCGGCCAAGGCGCCCCUCGCCGCGACGCUAGCGCCUGCAAAGGCGGCGCUCAAAGAGCGGCAGCUACUGCUCCGCCGGCGCGUCGCAUCACAGCACGGUCUGCCGCUCCCGACUACUGCUGCGGGCGCGCCUGCCACCGGCGUCGAUGCCGAGGCAGACGCCGCCGCCGUCGCUUUGCUCGUCGAGGCGGACGGCGAGGCGAGCAGCGUGCGUGCGCUCGCUUCUGAGCUGGAGGCGGCUGGCUGCGCCGUCUUCGGCCUCGCGACGCCAGCCGACGCCGAGGCGAUCGACGCCGAGGCGCACGCGCGGCGGGUCGGGAGUCUGCUCGACGCUUCCGUGGCGCCGCAGCCGCAGAUGGCGCCGUCGUCCCCCGCGCUCAAGCCGCUCGGCGCACAGCCCCACGGCAGCGGCGGUGGCGGUGCCGCACAGCUCCUCGCGCGCUUGUCGCCUCCACCAGCGCCCGUGACCGGCGGCGCCACCGCAGCUUCGGCGGGGCUGGACGCUUCGGCGCGCCGACGGCUGCUAGACGCGUCCGUGACGCAGCUGACCGAGGCCAAGGCGGGGCUCGCCCAGCAAGGGGCAGCGCUCCGCGCCGUGCGUGCAGCGGGCGAGGCGCGGGGUGCCUCGCGGCGUGAUGCGUCGCACGCGAGCGCGGGCUUGCUGCGCAAGAUCUUGCUCGCCCUCAAGGCUGGCGAGCCGGCGGAGGAGCGACACGGCGGCGGGGGAGCGCGCGCGGGUUGCGGCGAGGCCGCCGCACAAGCCGUCGGCGAGCAGUUUGCGGAGGCGGCCGAAGCCCUCUCAGCUGCCCAUCGGCUGGUUGGGGAGGCGCAGCGCCACCGCGCGGCCGCGGCGGGGCUGUGGCUCCGCCACGACGCUUGUGGCGCGGUGGCGGAGCUGCUCCAGUUCCCCGCAUCCGACGACGUGCGCGCACGCGAGCUGGCGGCGCGGUUGGUGGCUGCGGCGGCCAAGCUCGAGGGCGGCACGGCAGCGAGCUCUGAGACGAGCGCGCCACUCGACGCCGCGCGGCGCGUCGUCGAGGUGCUUCUGCGCAUCGAGGAGAAGGGCGAGGAGGGAGGCGAUCCGCUAUUGCCGGCCGGCGCCGUUUCUUCUGCCGUGGCUGUGUUCGGCGCGCCGGUGGCCGGCAAGGCCACCAGCGGCGGCGGCGAUGGCCCGUCUGAGACGCUGCUGCGUCGCGAGGCGGAGGUGCAGGAGGUGCUUGCCGUGCUCGCACUCGCGCGGCAUCACGAAGCGGUCCCCGUCCACGCGGCGCUGCAGCCGGGCGUGUUGGGCGCGAUGCGCGCCCUCGCGCUCGCGCUUGCGGCGCAGCUCGAGCGGCGGGCACCAGCAGCCUCGACGGCGGAGGCUAGCAGCGGCUGGAGCGAGGGCGGGGCGAUGCUUCUCAGCCUUGUCGAGGCGGACGCGAGCACCGCGGCGGAGGCGGCGGCGCUCGACGCGGCCGCAUUGCCUCUGACGGAGCGGGGCGCGCUCACCUCGCAUGUCGUGCGCGUGGUGCUUGCCGCGCCAGCCACGCAGGGCAUCGCAUUCGCGCCGCUACUCUCGUGCUUGCUGCUGCUGCUCCGCCCACCGCCCGACGGCACCUCCUCUGCCGGCGAGGCCGCGCCGCCCGAGCUGGCGGCGCUCGCGCAGCGGUUGGUCGUCGGCCUCGUCGCUUCGUUGCCCGUCGACGUUGCCGAAUCGGCAAGGGGCGAGGUGAGUAGCGACUCGGCCCCCACCACUGCUGAGCUGCAGCUGUCGCUCCUCGCGGCGCUGUUGCCGCUCCUGCCUCCGCAGACGGGCCUCGGGCACGGCGAGAGGGGCGACGAGCUUCACGGGCUCGAGCACGCGCUCCUCUCGGCGUUACGCCCCGCUGCCGGCCUGGCAGUGCCACGCGUCACGAGCGCGGCGCUCGCCGCUCUCCUCCCGCUCUGCAGCGCCCCCACCGCGGCCGAGGCGUUGCUCGGCGCUGGGUUGCUGUCGAGGCUGGCCGUCCUCGUACCGAGACACGCCGAGAGCGCGGGGCAUUGCCGGCCAGGGUACGAUGCCGCGGGGGAGCGCUCACCGAUGCACGCUUGCUGGUGCUCUGCCCUGAUGAUCGCCUCCGCGGCGCUCGCCGCGCUGCCCCAGGCGGUCGCUUGCGCGUGGCUCCCUCAAGCGGCGGAGUUUGCUUACGCUUUUGGAGGGCGGCUCGGCGCGGCCAUCGCCGGAGAGCACACGUCUCUCGCGGGUGUGCUCGAGCAGCGUGCAGCACUGCGCUUCUUCGCGCAGAUUCGACGCAUCGGCGGGUUGGAGGUGCCUCGGCUCAAUCUGUGGGACAGCCUCACGGGCGGCCUCAACUCUCUCUCGCGGGCCGUGCUGCUCUCACCUGCAGCGCUGCAGGCUGCGAUGCCGCCGAGCAGUGGCAACAACGCCUCCAUGUCUGACACGCUCUACUCGGCAGAGUUGCGCGGCGUGCUCGAGGGCAGCCUGAGCUCGCUGCUCCCCGUGCUGCCGCUCCCGCUGGCGCGGCACGAGGCGAUCGAAGGCGCAUUCAAACCCAGUGGCCCUCGUCACUUCCAGCGUAUCGACUCUCACCCACGGGAGGCCGCGGCGAAGCAGUGCCUCGCGCUCACUGCGGCCCGCGAGAUUUCGGAAAAGCUCGAGGGCCGCUCUCACUUGCGAGCGGCCCUCGACGGCGCCGCCGCACGCGGGCAAGAUGAGAACGAGUUGCGGCGGCGAAUGGGCGAGCACACGGCGGCGCUCUUCGACCUCCCCGACCAGCUCCUCGCCUGGGUCGCUUCCGUGUCUGGCGAGCCGGCCGACCGCGAGACGCUCCAGCGGCUCGGCGACUACGUCUUUGAGACGCUACGCCCGUGCGCCCUGCACGCUGCCAAGAGCGGCUGA